CUCCAUUGCAGAGAGGGAGAGACAGAGAGAUGGAGGUCAUGAUUCCUGCCCAUCCCAACAUGGAUUUCGAUUUCAACAGCGCAAGAACUUCACCCUGCGCAACUGCCCCUUCCACGCCCAAGCGCUUCGGCGAUUACGGCUAUCUCAGCGCUCCCGCCAGUCCCUCUCACCUCUACUGCGAUCUCUACGACUUCUCGGUGGAUGAUUCCGGCGGUAGCUCCGCCGCCGUCCCUUUCUCCUGGGAGGAAAAACCCGGCACGCCCAAGUCGAAGAUGCUGACAUCGGGUGGCUUCGAUGGCUUCGCUUUCGACGUAGAAGAGACGGCCUCUGUUUCGGCGGCUGAUGAGCUCUUCGACGGCGGGAUGAUUAAGUCGGUGAAACCCCCUCCUCGUCUUCCUCCUCCUCGAAAUCCCGCAUCUACUUCUUCUCUGUCGAGGUCGUCUUCUUCGAAAGGUUUGAUGAUGAUCAAGAAGUGGAGGCUCCGGGACUUUUUCUUGUUCCGGAGCGCGUCGGAGGGGAGGUCGUCGGAAAAAGAUGCGCUGAAGAAAUACACGGCCGCCGUGGGCAAAGGCGGCGGAAAUAGUUUCCGGGGAAAUGAUAAUAGGAAGGAAGGGUCUUCUGCAUCGAGGAGGGUGAAAGGAGGAGGGGCGUCGCCGUCGGCUCAUGAGCAGCAUUACACUUUCAACAGAGCAGUUUCAGAGGAUUUGAAGAAGAAGACUUUCUUGCCGUACAGGCAGGGCAUUUUGGGGAAUCUGACCUUCAAUCCUGCCGGGCAUCCUCUGUCCAACGGCUUCGGAUAUUCCCGCAGAUAAAAAUACCGAUCAUAUACUUCAAUUCCCUGUUUCUUUAAUUCCUUUUAUUUCUUUCUUUAUUGUAUAGAAAUGUUUAUUUUUUGGUCUGUUUUGUAAAAUGUUUAUAUAUCCUGUAACGUAUGGUCUUGAAUACGAAAUUACGAAUUCUCUUUUAAGUGCAACGUACGACUUUUUUC